AGAUAAGAACCAGUUUGGCUUCUGCUAGCCUGAGUCACCCCUGUGGAAGCUGGGCUUGGCUUGGCUUCAGUCAUCAGCAACCCACCUCCUAGGGCUGACUGGCCUGUGUAGGAGUAUGGGAGUGGCCAGCUCCCCCCUCUUAUUCUGCUUAGGUAGCUGGGAAGGAGGGGCAGUUUCACCCUAGGAAGGUCUGUGCCGUAGACGCUGUCUGGGUGCUACUUUAUACACAGCAAGUCUUUCUGGAGUGAGACGUCGGAAGGUAGUGGAAGACCUCGUGUUCUGUUUAGCUCCCCCAUGGCUUCAGAGGCAGCCUGCCGCCCUUCUGGGAAAAGACCCUGCAAGAUGCAAGCCUUCAGAAUCUGGGAUACUAACCAGAAGACCUUCUACCUGAGAAACAAACAGCUCAUUGCUGGGUACUUACAAGGACCAAAUACCAAACUCGAAGAAAAGAUAGACAUGGUGCCUAUUGACCUUCACAGUGUGUUCUUGGGCAUCCACGGAGGCAAGCUGUGCCUGUCUUGUGUCAAGUCUGGAGAUGAUAUCAAGCUCCAGCUAGAGGAAGUUAACAUCACUGAUCUGAACAAGAACAGAGAAGAAGACAAGCGCUUUACUUUCAUCCGCUCUGAGAAAGGCCCCACCACCAGCUUUGAGUCAGCUGCCUGUCCCGGAUGGUUCCUCUGCACAACACUAGAGGCUGACCAUCCUGUGAGCCUCACCAAUACACCAGAGGAGCCCCUUACGGUCACAAAGUUCUACUUCCAGGAAGACCAAUAGUACUGCCUAGGCCCGUCCUCCCCACUCCCAGACCAACAAUGACCAACUGCCUGAUCACUCUGGCCAUCAUUGGGGUCUAAGGAACAAUGUUUGCAGUGUGUACAGCAGGAGACAAAAGAGUCCUGGUGACAGAUCUCUACCUUCAGUCUGUUGGCUCUCCUAAUCCCCAUGAUGACUCCAGAACAAUCUUUCAAACUUGAUCAUGGCAGGCCCUUGUUCAAAGCCCUUUAUUGUUGUCUCUGCCAUCUGGGUGAAGUCUAGACUACUUGCUUGACCUAGAUGUCUUCUGCUCCACCACCCAUUCCGCCCCCACCACACAAUGUUUUAUCCAUUGUCCUGCAUAUCCACAGUCCAGAUCUAUCAAGUCACUUGAUAAUAUCUCCCAAGUGGCUCCCUUACCCUGAUUUACAAGCCUGUGCUGGUCUAUGGAGAAGGAUUUUAAUUCUCCAUGUUAUUCAUUUUGGUUUUUUAGAUGCUUGGGAUAAAAAUCACCAGGGCAUCACAUAUACUAAAUAUGUUCUAUACCACUAUGCUUUCAGCACAGGAGGACAUUGUUAAGGCUCUAGAAAACAGAAAUUAAGGAUCUCACAGUUAUUUUAUUAGGCCAGCUUUAUUCCAUGUGUGCAAGAAGCUUCUUGUGGAAAUUAUGUCCUUUCUGAGAGGAGCUAAGGAUUAGAUGUUCCUACAUUUGUGAAAUGGUUGUAAGCAUAGGAAAAUAGAUGGUAGGCUUUCCUCCUUUCCUUUUUCUGUGUGAUGCCCUGAAUUGAAAAGUUAAAAUUUGAUGGACUGUAGUAUUCCCAUAAUCUCCCCCCUCCUUUUUUUAUUUUUUGGAAAUUUCCAAUGGCUUGUAUUCCUCUGUCCAGCCCAAACACUAUCUUUACUCCAAACCUACCACAGCUGCCUGAAGAAGUUCCCCCACUAUCUCUGUGCAAAUGUGGCUCUCAGGCUCUUCCUGUGGUGAAUGAAUGAAUCUACUGAUCAUUUCUUAACCAUUCAUUUUAUCAUUUAUAACCUUGAAACUUAUGUGGAAGUAUCUACGUUCCUGUCUGUUUUCUCUGCCAGACUAUGAGCUCUGGAGAGUAAGGAGCUUUGUGUGUGUAUGUGUUGUGUUGUGUUGUGUGUGUGUGUGUGUGUGUGUGUGUGUGUGUGUGUGUGUGUGUGGUGGGUUCCUACAAGCAUGAGCACCCUCGCUGGCUCUUAGAAGGAUCUCAGAGAAUAAGUGUUAUAUAUAUUCAUGGAAAUUUUCUUAUUCCUCCCUGUGACUUUGGCUUAAUUUUACAAUAAAACACUGAAAAUGUC